GCAUUUGGGUUUCUUUUUUGGAUACAGUGGCCAGGGGCGGGGCUUGCAUUUUUGCCGUCGCCUGUCGCCGCUACAGCGCAGCACACCGUUACAGGUUUCGAAGUAACUUGAAGCCCGAACCGUGUUAUUUCCUCGAGCGCCGGAUAAGCGAUUCACACGAGGGCCGUCACAACCUGUUUCUCGGCUCGCCCUCGCCCGGCCCGGCGCUAUGCCGGCGCGUUCGCUAGAGGCUGCUGCCGCAGAGCGGAGGCGCGUGCGUCGCCUCGCUACUCUCGCGGCGAAGCAGCUGCCGCCGCCGAGACGCGACGCGGCGUCUGCCGAGGAGAGAGAGCCAGCGCGGCGGUCGCCGACGCCGCCUUCGAGCUGUGUGCCACUUCUCGGGUGCACGACAGCUCUGCGCGGCAGCAGCAUCAGCAGCCGCCGCACCGCCACCCGCCUCGCGCCUGUCGCGGCCGGAAGGGAGCACGCCGUCGCUGCCGUGGUACCGAGGGCCGGAGCCCGACUCUCGUACAGUCGAGCGGCUCCGAGGCGAAGCGCUGACACACACAGGGCAUGCCGCGCAAGGAGAGCGCGCCUCGAGGCCGGCAAGUGCGCGUACGUGCCGCGCGGUCUUGGUGGCGCGAUUCAUGAGGUCGCUCUCGCUGCCGGCCGAUGAACCCUCGCCGCCCCCGCACCAGCGACACCGGCCGCGGCUCGCCUCCACGCGCCGGCUCGGAAGAGGGGCUGUCGGCGGCGCAGCAGAGCGGCUCGCCUCGGCGCUCGAGCCGCCGACAGCCCCACUCCUCGACGUGACGGCCGCUCCCGGAGCCAGCCGGUGCGCGCCCGACCCACGUUCCCUCUCGCACCCCUCCGACCCCCCCUGCGCGGCGCACCCGCCCGCUGUGCGCCGGCUCGAGCGCCUAUCGCCAAAUCGCGACGUUUGAGCGCAGCGCACGCGUCCCACACGUCACGCGCGCGCAGGAGAGCGUGCGGCACAGCAGUAGCGUGUACUCGCCGAGGGCAUCGCGCCGAAAACCCCGCGCGUUCCGCCCCAGCAGAGGCUGCAGCCUCUGCACAAGCUACACCACUGUAAGAAUGGUGAGUACUUGGGG